AUGAGCGAGAAGAACACCGGCAAGAUGCAUAUGCGAUCCAAGUUCAAGGACGAGCACCCCUUCGAGAAGCGCAAGGCCGAGGCCGAGCGUAUCCGCCAGAAGUACGCUGACCGCAUUCCGGUCAUCUGCGAGAAGAUCGAGAAGAGCGACAUCGCCACGAUCGACAAGAAGAAGUACCUGGUCCCCGCCGACCUGACCGUAGGCCAGUUCGUCUACGUUAUCCGCAAGCGCAUCAAGCUCUCGCCCGAGAAGGCCAUCUUCAUCUUCGUCGAUGAGGUCCUGCCCCCCACGGCCGCGCUCAUGUCGAGCAUCUACGAGGAGCACAAGGAUGACGACGGGUACGUCUACUCCUCUAUCUACUUUCUGUUCCUAUACAUCCAGUACUCCGGCGAGAACACGUUCGGUCACUUUGAGGAGGCAUGA